AUGGAGCAGACUCGAGGGCACUUCGGCCACUCACACCAUGGCCACCACCAUCACCACGACACAACCUUCCUGACGAGUACCGACAAGAACGAUGCUGGAGUUCGCAUCACGCGAGUCGGUCUUUUUGUCAACCUUGGCAUGGCCAUUGCAAAAGGAGUCGGCGGCUACGUCUUCAACUCCAAGGCUUUGUCAGCCGACGCCAUCCACUCCCUCACAGAUCUCAUCUCCGAUUUCACCACCCUCGCGACCGUCUCAUACUCAUUACGAGCUCCCACAAGCAGAUUUCCGACCGGCUAUGGAAAGAUUGAGUCUCUCGGUGCACUCGGUGUAUCGGGAAUCCUUCUCUCGGGCGGCAUCAUGAUCGGCCUGCAAGCUGUCAUGGCCCUCGCACAACAGUUCUUCCCGGACAUCGCACACAUACUUUCUCACAUUGGCAUCUUCGGCCACGGUCACAGUCACAGCCACAGUCAUGGAGUCGAGGGCAUGGGCGUCAACAUCAACGCUGCGUGGCUGGCGGCCGGCAGUAUCAUCAUCAAAGAGUGGCUAUACCAAGCGACCAUGAAGAUUGCAAAAGAGAAGCGCAGCAGUGUCCUGGCGAGCAAUGCAUACCACCACCGCGUCGAUAGUUUGACCGCCGUCGUUGCAUUGGCCACUAUUUGCGCCAGUCACUUCCUGACCAACGCCGCGUGGCUCGACCCUGUGGGUGGUCUCAUCAUCUCAGGCAUGAUUGUGCAAGCCGGAUACGGAAACACCAAGGCCGCACUUCUGGAAUUGGCCGAUGUAUCCAUCGAAGACGAGAUGAAGCACAAGAUCGAGAGCGCUACAUCACAAGCCCUAGGAGACUUGAAGCUGCCCACCGAGUCGGCUCCUCAGGUUCAGGGCAUCAAGAGUGGCCAGAACUACCUGAUUGAGAUUGCCGUCACCGUACCUCCAACCUGGACACUGGAGCAAAUGACCGAAGCCGAGAACAACGUGCGCGAAAAGGUAUCUUCCGCCGCCCAAGGAAUCAAGCGUGUUUCGAUUCGCUUCACCAGCUCCGACAAUGCUGCCGAUGCCUUCGCAAAUGAGUUUGUUUCCUCAAAGAACGCGACCAACGAACACGACCACGAUCAUGAGCACGAGCACAGCCACGACGAUGGCCACAGCCACAGCCAUGAACCUGCACAGGAAGGAUCCAAGGCAGGACUGAACAAGAGGAAGUGA